AUGCCUACUCCCUCGGUAUCAUCUUCCUCCUCUUUGCUCCUCGUCGCCGCCGGAACUCUAGCUUUCGGUUCUCUCGUCUUCGUCUGCCGGAGAUUCCUCCCCCCAACCUCCAAUGCAUCUGAUAGUCCCAACCGCGUCCACCGCGAAUAUCGUACAAAUCUCCCCCAACGGAGAUUCAGUCUUCGACGGCUAGAUCUGAGUUUCCGAGUAGGGCGAAAUCGCCGGAUCGUGCUUCUCAUUCAGGCAGCAACGUUCUUUAUUCAUAACAAUGGAAGUAGGACGCAGUUGUGGUUUUCGGUCAGAAUAGGAGGGAACUCGGUGGAGAAAGAAGUCAACGCUUUGAUGAUUUUGCUUCUGUUGCGGUGGUUAAUGGCGCCAGUUUUUGUAGAGAUGAUGGAGGAGAUAGACUACGCUUCGAGUAUGUACCUUUGCAGCCUCCGGUUGCCUUUGAUUGCCUGGGCGAUCGCUUAA